AUGGUCCAAAUGAAUGCUGGAGAUGCGACCAAAGGCAUCAGAACAGCAUUGGCGGUGGAGGUGCCGUUGAUGGUACUAGCUUUGAGCACCGUUAUCCUGAGAGUAUACUCAAGGCUAGCGAUCAAGAAGAAAAUGGCGCCGGAUGACGUCUUGAUCAUCUUGGGCACGGCCGCAGCUCUCGCACGUACCGUCAUAUCUUGUAUGAGUGCAGAUGACAACUGGGGUUACGAUCGUAAGGGGUGA